GCCCCCCUUCCCCCUCCCGCUCGCGCCUCCACGGCUCCACCCUCCUCACCGCCGGCCGACCGGCCCCAGCGGAUCAAGAUCCACCCAGGCUGUAGGGCAAGCAAAGACUGCGUCUUCAGAUGUUUCAGGUAUGGUUCUCUUUGUCGGCUACCGAUGGCUUGCUAGGGCUGGUUAUGCGCAGGGUUAAGGUGGUGCGAAUUAUGGAGACGAGAGCUGAUUAUCAGGUGGUGCGAAUUAUGGAGACGGGACCUGAUUAUCUUUGUGUGUGGUUUGAGAUUCACUGGGGAGAAACCAGAAUCUUGGAAUGGUGGCUGAUGCGCAGAGCUCAGAUUCAAUGGCUGGCAGCUCAGGUUCUGCUGCCGAAAAGCACGUUGACAGGUGUCUUGACAAAAGAGCCCAGGAAAAGGCUCCAAAGAAAAAUCAUAAAGCUGAACGAGAGAAACUUAAACGUGACCAGUUGAAUGACCUUUUUGUUGAGCUCAGCAGUAUGCUAGAUCAUGAUCGACAAAAUAGGGGAAAAGCUACAGUAUUGGGUGAUGUUGCACGAGUACUGCGAGAUUUAAUUACUCAAGUUGAAUCUCUUAGAAAGGAGCAAUCUACUCUUCUAACUGAGCGCCAAUAUGUCGGUUCAGAGAAGACCGAGCUGCAAGAUGAGAAUACUACACUCAGAGCCCAGAUAAUAGAACUACAGAACGAGCUUCGUGCAAGGAUCGGAAACAGUAGCCUGAAUCUAAGCAGCCUUGCGGUGCCACAUCCAAUAGGGAGCAGCUGCACUAGUAAUUUAGCAACCCACCCAACGCCGCAUGAUACAUGGAGCAAUGCUUCUAAUUUAAGCACCAUGCGCAUGGUGCCCCCAACCAACACACCAUCUCCACUGCAGAAUCAGCAGCAUCACUCUGUUGCUUCUGGUCAGGUUGCAUCACGGCCUCAGGAGCUCCAGCUCUUCCCGGGGACAUCAGCAUCAACGGACCGAGAAUGUUCCGGGCAUAGAAGCAACCCAGCUACUUCGAGCCUUGCGGAUUCCUUGCCUGGACAGCUUCGCCUCAGCCUUCCACCAACAUCCCAAGAAGAAAGCAGCGGCGGCGGCGGAGGCGCACCGGGAAAUAGAAAAGAACGAAAAACCAGUUAGCCAAUUGACGGGUCACAACAAAUCAGUUCUUGGUGAUAACAGCUCUCUUGUAAAUACCAACAAGCUACUCACCUUACUGGUCCAAACCUACUAGUUGCUCUAUAUGUUUAAAUAACUUUACAAGUAUGUUAUGAUAUAAUUUUGCAGCAGGCUAAUCAGAUUUGUAAUCUAGAACUCACUAGUCGGUGAUAUGUUUUCGCCAAGGUUUUCAACUGUAAUAAGAACAUAUACAA